GUUAGCAUGCAAGCAAGAGACCAUGUCUAAGAAAUAUAUUCUAGACUCUUCUGGUAUAGGAAGUAGCGGAGAAUUUUCUCCAUCGCUUGCACCAAAAUUUUUCCCAAUCCCUCUAAACAUGGUACGAGGAAGAUUUAUAUGCAAUCAGAUACUGGCAACAAAGCCCCCAGAAAGCGCUUACUUGCUUGAGAAAGUGAAAAGAAAAAAAAAUAACAAGAUUUUGGGGCACAUACACACAGAGAAGCAUUGUCAACAACGGCAUCGGCAUCCCCAUCCAUUCAAAACCAAAAGUUUCCAACUUAAGGGUAGCAAGUGCCAACCCAAUAUCAACACUAUAAAUACAUGGCUCCAUGGCUCCAUCUCUCAUCUUGUAUGGACAAUGUUCUAGCAUUGUUCGUUCCUCUCCAUACUACCCCAAUGGCUCUUCGGCUUCAUCGCCAUCUCCCAGCUUUGCUUUACCUCAUGCUAAUCUCUAGAGCUACUGCAGAUGCAAACUUCACCGUGUCGAAAGCAGUAUAUUACCCCAACUCCAGCACAAAAGGGGCCGAAAAUGGAGCAUGUGAAUAUGGGACAUAUGGGGCGACACUCAACAAUGGCGAUGUUUCAGCAUCAUCAAGUCUCUACAGGAAUGGGGUAGGAUGUGGUGCUUGCUAUCAGGUCAGGUGCACAAAUCCUUACUACUGCUCUCCAAAUGGUGUGACAAUCGUGAUCACCGACUCUGGGGCAAGCGACGGGACUGACUUCAUCCUCAGCCAGCAUGCCUUCUCCAGGAUGGGGCAGAACAAGGACGCUGGUGCAACACUGCUGAACCUUGGCUAUGUUGGAAUUGAGUACAGGAGGGUUUCUUGUAUCUACCCAGGCAAGAAUAUUGUCUUCAAGAUUACUGAAAGCAGCAAUUUCCCCUACUAUCUUGAAUUUGAGAUAUGGUAUCAACAAGGCAACCAGGAUAUCAUUGCAGUCCAGCUUUGUGAGACUGUGAACCUGACAUGCCAGCUUCUGAGCCGAACUCAUGGUGCCGUAUGGGCUGCUGUCUCCCCACCAAGUGGCCCCCUGUCCAUAAGGAUGCUGUUUAGCAGCGGAGCUCCACGUGGUGGUGACCAGAGAUGGCUAGUUCCCACAACCACAAUACCACAGAACUGGACUGCAGGGGACACGUAUGAUUCUGGGGUCCAAAUACAGCUACAGUAGCUAUAAACACAGAGACAACAGGAUUCUAUAGCUAGUUAUGAUGCUUGAUUCUUCCCUUGUCUUCUUGCUCAUGUAUACUCUUGCAUUGUAUUUAUUGUAAUUUGUGAAGGUUGUGCUUGCAUUUAUAUCAAUAAAUUUUCUCAUGGAAGAAUACAUAGGUUAGGUUUC